AUAAAUAACAAUUAAAUUAAAGGAAAUCACGUAGUAUCAUUUUGUUGCCUUCUUCCCCCCGAGUGCCCAGUUUUUCCCUGCCCAUCCAUUUUUUCUUCAGGACCUUUAUUGCUUCUCUCUCUUUCUGCUUAUUUCCCAUUCAUUCAAUUCUCGUUCUCAUCUUCAACCUACCUUUUCACCACUUUCUUAUCUGAAGAAACUCGCAGAGACACGACACGUGCAGUGCAGAAUCAUCGGAACACCGAUUUAUAGAUACAAAAAAAAGUCCCUUUUUAAAUACAUAUAAUUGCAAGAUAAGCAUCUUCAAGAUUGAUUCUUGUCUUGCGGAUUUUUGAUCCAUUUCUAAACCAUCGUUUAGGGUUUUGUUCAUCUUGCACCAUCUUUGUUUUGCUGCCCCGCAAUUUGGCCCUUUUUCUGGUUUAAUUUAUUGCAUUUCACAUCAAUCGUUAUUUGGUCUCAUCUGGGAUUGAGAUAAUAGUUUAAAUUGGACAUAUUGAGAUAUAGAAAAGGGGUUUAGACAAAGGGAAAAAAGUUAGCCCCUUUUCCUUUUUUAUUAUCAUUUUGUUUUUUGUUUUGUUUUGUUUUGUUUUUUUUUUUUUUUUUGGUUUUUGUAUUUGGGGGUUUAUAGUUUGGAGAAGAUGUUGGGGGCUGGAUUGCAAUUUAAUCGGAGUAGGAAUGGGGAGGAUCGGUUUUACAGUGCAGCGAGGGCUCGCCGGAGUCGGAAUCAUGCUCAGAGCCAGGAUCAUUUGAGGAGAGCUCAGAGUGACGUUACCGUUAGCCAAUCUCCUCGGCUGCCGGAAGUCGAGGGUCGCGCCGGAGCUCCUGAAGCCGGUGACGAGAAGCCGGUUGACAUUCCACUUUGUUCAAAGACGUUGGAGCCGUCGCUACAAGAGACGUGUAAUUUGGGACGGUUUUUGGAGUCCGUCACGCCUUUUGUUACCGCUCAAUAUCUCUCUAAGACAACAGUGAAAGGAUGGAGGACGUGCGAUGUAGAAUUCCGGCCUUACUUUGUUCUUGGUGAUUUAUGGGAUUCAUUCAAGGAAUGGAGUGCAUAUGGUGCUGGGGUACCUUUGGUACUCGAUGACCAUGAUGAUGUUGUUCAGUAUUAUGUGCCUUAUUUGUCGGGCAUUCAAUUAUAUGGUGACCCUUCAGGGUCAUUGGUAAAGUCGAGGCAACCGGCAGAGGAUAGUGAUGGUGACUACUUUAGAGAUUCAUGUAGUGAUGGAAGCAGUGACUGUGAUGAGAGAGGUUAUCUUAGUUCUUCUCAGCGAGGAAGGAACUACAGUGCCUUGAAUGUUGAGAAUGCUCUUAAAAUGGAUCAAUUGUCCUUGCGAGACAACCAACUGCUACAAGAGGGCUUUUCUAGUGAUGAAAGUGAACCUGGAAGUUCUCAAGGCUGCUUGUUAUUCGAAUAUUUUGAGCGUGACCAACCUUAUGGUCGGCAACCUCUAGCUGAUAUGAUAUCACAACUCUCCCGUGCCUUUCCUGAACUGAAAACACUGAGAAGCUGUGAUCUGCUACCUUCAAGUUGGGUUUCUGUUGCCUGGUACCCAAUAUAUCGGAUACCCGUGGGGCCAACUCUUAAAGACUUGGAUGCUUGCUUUUUGACCUUCCAUUCUCUUCAUACAUCAGUGACAGGUUCUCAAAGUGUGCCUGCUCCCGUUCUCAAAUAUCCAAGUGAAGCGGAUGGUGUACCUAAGAUUUCAGUGCCCAUUUUUGGUCUUGGGCACUAUAAGUUCAGACCAUCAUUGUGGAUUCCAGGGGGAGGGUCUGAAAAGCAAUUAUUGAACUCCCUCUUGAAGGAAGCAGAAAAUUGGCUUACGACACUACGGGUCAAUCAUCCUGAUUUUCUUUUUUUCCACCGGAGGUGAUCUCCAGAGAUUGCGUCCCUUUGGCUUACAUGUAAAUUUCAAGGGAACAUCCAUUCAGGUAUGGCUCAUUUUGAGGCCAAUUCUGAAUUCUUCACGGAAGAUUAACUUGCAUUUCUUUAGUUGUAGCUUAUAAAGUAUUAGAAAGGUUAAACAAAAAAAAGAAAAAAAGGGGAAAAUUUGGAGCGUAGAAAAAGGAAAAAAACAAAACAAAACCCAGAAUAUGUAAUAGGUGUAGAAAUAGAAUAAAUGGAUAGCAAUAAGUAGGGGUAAAAAGAAAACAGAAGUAAGGAGAGCUGUAGUGUAGUCAUGUUUUGGUUGGUCUGGUUAGAUGCUUUGUGAGCGUUUAAAGUUGUAGUAAGCUUCAGUUUCAAUCCCGUGUACAUUGAUUUUUGUUACUUUUCUGUACUGUUGAAAUAGCAUUAUAUAUUAAAAGAAAGUAAACAUUUAGAUAUGUUGUUCUGUUGUUGUUUCCUUAUAGUUUUGAUGUUUUCGCAUUGUUUUUUAAGACGAGUGGAUCUUUCGGGGUUCUGUGGAAGCAGGACCAUAAGUGAAGAAAUAAAAUAAAGGGGUUAAUUCAUACAAAUCCUCUGUGCUAUUUGAAACUACAAUAUCACCCCUUUUGUGGUAAGUAAAUAGUAUCUAAUGAUUCCGUAUGGUGUGUCCGACGUUUGUAAUCUGGAUGAGAAGUGCUCUUUUUAACGUUAGCUGUUAGAAUCGCUCGGGAGUUGGGUGUGGAACUUGUAACAUGCGAGAGUUGAGUGUGGAAUUUGUAAAAAGUUCUCUAGUUUAUAUCUCUGCUUUCAAAAGUAAAGCUAUCUUCAUCCCUGAUAGUAUAGUAUUUUCCAGUGACUUUGUGAAUCGAUAAAGAAAAGGAAGACUUUGUAUUCAACAAUGAAGGCCAUGAGGCGCCACAGAAGCAGCCGGCAAGUUUUUGGACAGCUGUGGUAUCUGAUUUUCGGCUUUCAUGUUGCUGUUCUAUGUAAACACCGUGGCCACCACCACCUGAGCCCCAACGACAAUGAUGAAAAUAUUCGGUCUUCCUGUUUUGAGAAUCGCAAUUAGAACCAGAGGGUGCUAGAGAGGUGAAGGAGCUCCUGAAAGCUGCAAUAAUGGACAUAUUUUGAGUUUGGGGGGUCAUGAACUAAUUUUUAGGAUCUUCUUUUGGACGAUAACUAGUGUUUGUCAGUUGUCAAAUGGAAAGAUCAAGUUACUGUGUAAAUAUUUCAAUCAUGAACAUUUUGAUAUGUUUGAAAAGAAAUUGAAGAAGAUACCAAAAUGUGG